AUGGACGCCGUGCUGGGCGCAUGGAGAGAUGUCGAUUGGGAUGCCCUUCAGGUUGUAAGGACUUCUGUAGUUGUUCACAUCGUGUUGUACAGACCCGCGUCGAGGCUGAAAUAGCCGCCAUCGACCUGCGGCAGAACGACGCCGACGAACGGAGGGCGAGGCUAGUCGAGGAGAGCAAUUCUUACCGCGAGACGACUGACAAGGUUCGUGGCACGCCUUGGCUUUGUGCAUGUGAAACUGCAAAUUCCUCUUGUUGUUUUGAUCUUUGCGUGACUUCGGAGAAAUAAUUCUUUCGCAUGCUCCCUACAAAGCAGUUCAUUUAAUCAAAACGCUUCAUUCAACUCUCAAAACGUGUAGUUUGAAGAAAAAGGCUGGAGAAAAAUGGAGCACAAAAUCUGUGGUGACUGGCUUUCCAAUAACGAAAAUGAUGAGGGACCUGUAUUUGUUAGAUUCGUGUUUUGAACUUUUACCUUCAGCCUCAUCACGAUGAUAAGUUUAUUUUCUUGACAAUGGAAUUUAAAAGUUUCCACUUUAUUGUGAAUAAUUAGGUGAGAAUUCAAUCAUAAAAAGUUGUUUUUAUUAGUUUUGAUUUGUGAGCGCGGAAAAGGAUGUAAUUAGGUCGAAAGCUCAGAUGAGAUCAUACAAUUCCUUUAAGUCACCUCUAUCUAGGAGAGUCAAGCUUUCGCUUUUAUUCUCACUAAAUCCAAGCAGAAGAUCCUGAUUUAUGAGAAAAUGAAGUCUAGAGAAGAAGAAGGACUAUAUUUCACUUUAAAUUAUUAUUUUUCCUCGGAGCUACUAAAUAUUUUCUUUUCGGGCAAAUUUUUUUGCAGACAUAAUUUCUGAAACAGGUUAAUUUAUUUUAAGAUAUUGCUUUUUUUCUACCUAAUAAUUACUUUGACUUCGAAAAUGGCGAAUUUCUUUUGAAUGUCUCCAUGGAGGAUCAUCGCAUAUCCUCCUUUCCUCUUCGCUCUCGACUGCAUUGGGAAGCCCCGACGGAAGAAUGUUUGCCACGGAAAGGCGCGUCUCUGUAUAAGGACAUAGAAAAGAAAGCCAGCCAGCUGCUCGCUUAAUUGCGAUGGGCCGACGUCUGGCAGUGGGGAUCGGUCGAUUGAUUCUGUCCUGAAACAUCUGUCAGGCCACCGUGAACGCUCUAAGAAUGGAUCGUCUCUCACCGUCUUCUUCCCAUCAUUUUAUGAUUAUUAUAUUACUUCUGAAAUGUAAUCCACCCAAACCAUGAAAAAGGAAACAAAGAAAUUGAAUCAAGUAUUCAAAAAAUAAAUAAAGAAAAUAAAGUCAUUAGUGUUACAUCUAGUUUCAUUAUUUCAUAAAGAGAGCUGCUAUCGUGGCUCAUCUUUCACAUAAACUAUAUGAAGAAGAUAAUAUAUUUGUGGGUCGAGGCACUGACAAAGACGUUUCGAGAAGGCCGCCUUUAUCUGGAAACUCCAGAACUUCUUUGGAGUUUCCCGGCAAAAUUUCGAAAUCAUCUUGAGUCAAGCUUUUUUCAAAAAAAAAAAAAGAGCUUAAAGGCAUAGGGGCAGUAAAAAAUGGGGUUUCAGGUGAAAGCAACAUCUUAUAUAGUUUUUUAUUGCGAAUCGAAUGGUGUACUCAAAAAAAUUACAGAUGUGACAACUUUAGAAGAAAAACGCGAUUUCACUUUCCCGCCUUUAAUUUUGAAAAAAGCUUUGGAUCGGUAUGCAGACAACUGUUUACAGUAGCCGUGCACGAGAUGUUGCGGACGUCUUAUUAGACUCGCAUUUUGUAUGAAAUAAUCGGCUAUCUGCUUCAAAUUAAGGGUUUCUUCUCUGAAAAAUUGAUUAAGAAAACGGAAAACACACAGUGAUAAUAAAGAAAACACAAAUAAUCGCUAUCCCAAUCGAAACCUGUGUAAAAUCAUCAUUUUUCACCAGAAAAGCUUUUUUGCGAUCAAAGUUUGCAAAUUAUACAUGAAUCGAAGGCUUUGGUGACGAAAAAAACUCUGGGGACAACAGAAAAAAUUGAAAAUUAAAAGAAACGAAGAAAAAAGCGAAAAUCCGGAAGAUGGCGAACCCUGUUGUCCAUAGAGCAACUUUACUGCAAGGCGCCCUUUUCGCGGGAACUCAAGCUUUCUUUUCUCCGACUUUGAAUUAUUAUUUCUCCAAAACUAGGAACUUCUGUACGUUUCCAAGUUCACCGUUCGAUUUGCAAUGAAAAGCUCUACAAAAUACUGCUUUGAACUGAAACACCGUUUUUUACUGCCCCUAUGCCUUUAAGAAUAUGGGAAAACGAAGGAAUCGAUUGGUUGAUUUUUCCCCCAAACAUCUGUCGGAGCAACCUUCGAAAAUGGAUCGUCACGCACGAUCGCCUUUCUUUUGCCUCUUUUGUAUCCUCGGAUCGAUGCUCCGUUUUCUUCGUCUUCGAAAUAAUUGAUUUUCUUUCGAGCAAAGCUUUACUGCUUAUUCCAGAUUUGCUAAAGUAAGGAAUAAAAGUAGUUGUAAGUUAUCUACCAAUUAGUUAGCUUAUUGGACAAAAAUCUUUUUUUUCCAGAUCAAUCAUCUUUUUUUACAAAGAGAGUCGGAAAGGAUAUUACGUUUUUCAUUUCUAUUUUUUUUAUCAUCGAAUUUAAAAAUACUCAUUAACUGGUCAUGGACAAGUUUGCUUAAAUCAAGUGUACUUUUUCCAUAUGUUUUUUUUCUUAAAUUUUUUUGAAAGCUUCAAAAAAUCAACUGAUUUCCAUGCGUUCAGUACUUUAUCAAGUACUUUUAAUUUAUAUCAAUACUUUCGUCCAUGAAAAUUUGAUGAAGCUUAACGACGGUCGGCUUCGGAAGAGGACGUCGUGAAAAACGAGAGCGAUAGCGAAGGCUUGUCCCUUGAAGGAAAAAUCGAUCGGCCUGGCUGGUGGUCAGAGACUCGCAGCUCAGUCGAUACGGCAGAUUGGGUGGGCCAGGGCCUCCCGAGCAGAUGCGAGAAGAAAAAGACGAAGAGAAAGGCAUGAUGAGAUCGAUUGCAUCAGAUGGCAGUACUGCUGCAGCUGACGUGAAGCCGAUUCGGCGAGUCCGACGUCGCCCGACUGAUGGAUUCCAAAUAUAGUCGGCGGGCCGCCCCGAAAUAGGCACUUUGAUAAAAAAUACGCCUCCGCAGCUAUCAGUUUUAUGACUCUGCUAUCUCAACUUUUUGCAAAAAUCACAACAAAAAGCCAGAAAUUGGCUGUGGAUCUUUCAUUCGGGUUAAAAAUAUAGCCAUCAACAUAUGUUCGAUGUAAAAAAGUUUUCGAAGAUCAUAUUCUGAAAUUUUCAUUUGUUUCAAAAAUUUAAUUCUGAAAGAUGUUCUCUGAUGAUCUUCUUUAAAAGUGUUUUUGAACAAGCGGACUUCUAAAAGAUCUGCACAAAAAGAGCAAGUUUAGAAAAAAAUUUAACUGCGUGGGCAGUUAUUUUUGAUAGAUGAUAUCAAUAUCAUCUUUUAAAAACCUUCAAAACAAACCGACAGAACAAGGUUGAUUUUCAUAUUUAACAGGAAACGAGGAAGCCGGCUCUUCCUCUGAUCAAAGCUUUCCAACGCGAAGUCGACGGCCUCAUCGCCCGCAGCCAAGCCGCCGAAGCCGCUCUGAUCAACGUUUGCGCGAGAAUCACCAACCUUCCAGGUGAGCUUCUUGACCAAUUUUGCAAAAAUGAGAAGAACAGCAACGCAAAAGGACUUCCUUUGUCCUUUGAUCCUUUUAAGCUGAAGAGAGAGAUAAUUGUAAGGCGGGGGAAGUAAUUAUCUUUAUGUUAUACUACCCAAUCUUUAUUCGGAGCAUUCUUUUUUUUUUUUUUUCUGAGUCUUAUUUUUUGUUCUUUUUCGAGUUUGACUCUGUGGCUCGCAAAAUUCGUGUGCAUGAAACCAACGGUGCUUCAUUUUCGUCUUCUGCGUCUCCAAUGCAGACUCAAUCGUUGGCUGUUGAUCGGUGACCUACAGUAGCCUGGCAGUGGAAAAAGAGCUCGUGAGCGGCAAACGCGUGUGGCUCCGACGAACACAGAGAAUACGUCGUCGGCUCCGCCCAGAUCGAUCGCCAUUGGCGCGAUGCCCCAAGAUGAAGCUGUCGCGUUUGGUUUCGUACGGGUCCGCUUCGGUGGUCGGCGCGUCGAGCAUCGAUCUGCUCGGCCGCCUGCCUGCGAUCUCCCAAUUGGUUAGGUUAUUCGUCUCCAAACCUACUUCCCUUUUCUUUCCACUUUCUUGAUCGCCUUCUUGAUCUAGCCUCUUCCAGCAGAAUGUUCACAAACCUAAAAGAUGAAAUAUCAUUGAAUUGACGCUAGCCUCAGUCAGAAAUUUCAAAGAUCAAGUAAGUUUCAUGUCUUGAAUAGUUACCUAAAUAGUUCAUCAGAAACUUCUCUACAGUAACAUGUUACAUCGUUUCUCUAAGCCGCUCUCGCGUGAAGCAAUUUCUCCCACAUUACAUGUGGAUGACCACUAAUUAAUGUAAUUAUAAUAAGUUCAAGAUGCUGUUUGUCUGGUUUUUUCUGGUUUUUUUUUCGAUCUAACAUGAAAUGUGGCUUUGUGAUGAUGCUAAUGAAAUUAACACAACCCACGCACAUCGUUUUGUGCUCAUUUCCUGGUCGAGGUUAUUUUCUCAUAAGAUCUUCCUUAUGAAUCAUCCUGAAAACCCAAAAAUAUCAAGUUUGAUUAGAGUUUAUUGAUUCAAACCACCAUUGAGUAGUUCAGGGUGAAGAAAGAUUUAGAAAGAAAAGGAUUUUUUGGCUGAGCGCGCGCAUCUGCAACAUCAUCAGCUGGUUCACGAUAGAACAAUGAAGUAUUGUGCAUUUUUCGUUUGUUUUCCAUCAUUCAUCACAGAAAAAAAGUUUACGCAACCGGCUUUGCCUUGAAGAAAUGUGACAUUUAGCCGUGUUAUUGUUUUCAACGAGUCUAACCCUUGUUUGAUGUUUCACCCCAAUGGUAAAGUUUGAAAAUAUCAUUUCUCUGCAUGGGUCGCCCCGUUUACUUUUCCCGAACACAGUUGAAAAAAUUUUCCAGACUUUUUUCAUUUUUACAGAUCCAAAUUCUCUUCUCUCGAAAGCGCAGGCGUGGAGCAGCGACGCCGAAAAGACGCACUUGGCCGUGAAAGAGGCGGACGCUCUCAGAAAACAAGUCGCCCAACUCAACGAAGAGCUGCUGACCCACAAGAAUCAAGGUGAUCCCACAUGUAGAAUUCUUCAAACCUACCGAUUUCUCCCGCUCUAGUUCAACUUUUAUCAAUAUUUUGGAUGAGUAAAAAGUGUUGGAAUGAGCUGAAAGAGACUGAAGAAAAGAUUAGGAUUUCCCUGAAAAAAGUUUUGAAAAGUUCAAGCUAUGUUUCAAGCUAAAAACUUUUUCAACCUCCCAAAUUGGAACUUUGGCUCUUCCCAAUCAUGACUCGGCGACAAGGUUGUUUAUUAUCUGAUUCUUUUAGAUGUCGAAGUGCGGAAACUGAAAGAGAAGCUGAAAGAGGCGGACGAUUUGCACGAAGACGAGGUGUCACGAUCGAUUGCUGACGUGACGAAAGAGCUCCAGAACGAGUUUGCGAUUCGCAUCGACGAGAUGAACGUUUUGAGCGAAAAGUUGAAAAUGGAGAACGGAAUGCUCGAGAAGAAGGUAAUCGAUACGGGAAUGGCCGCUAGCCGUUUAGACUCGCCUCCAAAUCGCCUGAAGGGCCCAGAAACUCGCAUUUGUGGUGACCUUCUGACGGAGAGGCUGUUGUAGGUGAGCGAACUGGAAGCCGGGAAUCGGGAGGUUCAGCGGCGGCUCGACGUCGUCAGACAGGCCGCCGAUCGGCAGGAGUCGCUGGAAAGCGAGCAACUCGACAUUGCCCUCAAGGACCUCGAGAAUGCCAAAUCUCGUAUUGUUCGUUUUUCUUUUUCGUACUUUUCUCAUACCAAUAUUUUUGUAAAUACUAUCUUUUUUUAAAAUUGGUAUCAGAUAUUUGAGCUGAAUCUAGUAUACUCGCCAUUCAAUUCAAAAAAAGACUUUUCAGAGUUUAGAAUUUUUUUGAGGUUUUUUUCAAUAUUUUAAUUUAUCUAGAGGUUGAAACGGUGAGGGAAAAAAGUAGUUCAGCUAAUUUUCAAAAAAAAAGUGAGUGUUUCUGAAAAAUCCAAAUGAAUUUCAUGGUUUUUUUCCAAUUUGUAUUCUGAUUUCCCUCAACUUUUUAUAUUUUACAAGGGGUCUUAAUUUAUUUUUUUCGGAUAAUUACAAGUAAGAAUGACUUUUUUUCAGGUAAUUGAUUUUCAUUUUAUCGAAGUUUUUUUUUUUGCAAAAGAUACGAGUCCUCGACGAUUUAUCUCCUUCUAGGUGUUCCUGGAAGAGAAAGUUUCGAGUCUUUCGGCGGAGCUUUCCGAGGCGCAGGCCGCAGGCAAAAGAAACGGCCUCGAAGACAUCGCGGCCCUCGGCGGCCUGAUGAUCGAAAAAGACGAACAGGUGUGUUUGCCUCACCGAGCCAGACUGUUGCCGUGGCAACCGAUCGCACCCUGUUUUUAUGUCCAAUUGAUAAGUAUAGUUUACUGGGCGAAAAUAUCUCUGUUUUUGGCUAACUUCUUCUCUUCAUGCUGAAUCGACUUUCAGAUUUCACGGUUGGUAGAAGAAAACAAGCGGUGGAUGGCCAAAAACGAGGAGGAUGCGAAGAAAAUGAACGAGAAGAUGAUCAUGAUGGAGAGGGAGAUCUCGCGACAACUCGUCUACAUCGAAGAGCUCAAGAAGCAGUUGGCAGAGAAAGACGAUUACGAAUCAAUUAAGAAGGAACUUAGGUACCUUGGAAAAAAAAGCAUUUUUUUCGAUUAAAAUAAAUCCGGUUAGGCAUUAAGUCAGGCAAAUGAGGUGUGAUUUUAGGCCUUCGCGAUAAUAUAUUGAAACGAGAAAAUUGCGAAAUCCCAUGGGGAAAAGAAGCCUGAAAAGUACUUACGCUUUAACUCGCCAAAAAAUAUAGCUUCAAAAAGUUUCUCGAAAAAAACAUAAAUUAUGGAAAUCCACGAACUUUCGAAGCUGCUACGAAAUUUUAAUUUCGAUUUUUUUUUAUCACAAAGUCAAAACUGAUUGUGAAGUUCUGAAUUUUGUAAUUCUUUUUUUUUUCAAUGUCAUAGGAUAAUUCAGUGCUUCUUUGAUGGUGUUCACAGAUAAGAGUUUUAGUUCAAAAACGCGGCAUACGCUUCAAAUAGCUCCAAUAACCUUAAAGUUAAUGUUCUGUAAAAGGAUUGAAUGAACUAAUUUAUCAACUAAAAAAUCCGUUUCCUCUUUCUUCAUGAAUACCAAUCCUGAAAGUUUCUUUUUUUUUUCAAAUAAUAUAUUUCGUUGAAGGCUGAGCUUUUCUUACUAAUCGAUGACACCUAAAACUCGGAGUUCUAACACGAAAUUCGUUUCAGGCUUUUGCGUGAGAUCGAGUUUGGCGAGGCAGCCGAGGCCAACAAUUCGUCGAUAGAGCGCCUUGGGGAAACGGUCCAGUCGCUGGACCGACUUCUCGCCGAGAAGAACCGUCGGCUGCAGAACGAGAACGCCUCGUUGAGGAUGAUGAACGAGGGGUACAAAGGUUUGUCAGAAGGCUCGUUGUGUUGUGAGAGUGUGGAGAGAAAGAGAAAGAGAGUGAAAAAGAGAGGAAAAAGAAGCAAGCAGGUUUUCCAUGUACCGUACUUUGACUCGUUGUUGUUCUGUUGAUUAUGAUGUUGUCGUGUGGUUUGCUGAAGAAGAAAGAAUAUGGCGGGUGAUCAUCACAGGCGACGUCCUGAUGAAGGCCAUCGUGGCCGGAAGCCAUCAGGCCGUGGUCGACGUCGUCGGCAAAAAAGUCGGCCGAGAAAUCGCGGCCAACUAUAAAGAUCCUUCUGUUGAUCACGAGCUCGAUAAGCAGGUCAGAAUAUUCUUACUCUUUUCUAAACGACAGUAUGUUUAGGUGAAGAAGAGUCGCGCAUUGGAGGCUGAGAAACAUUCUGACGCGGAGCCAAGCUUGUUCAAAAUCUUGAUGGUGAGUUUCCACUUCAUCUGAGCCAUUCGGAACAGGAAUUUCUUCAGUUUAGAAUAGUCUAGAGAUUCUUCAAAGGUUAAAAAAAUCCUGCGAAGGAAACUUUUUGACCUGCUCCUGUACAACCUACUAAAAUUCUUUAUAGAAGAUGGGCGGCGAUUGCUCCAAUUUAAGCCGACGACGACGGUGCAGGCGGCGUCGGCCAGCUAUCCGAAGAUGUUCAGCGGAGACAUGACGACUAGAGCCCUGCUCAUGUCGAAGGCCGGUCCUCGGAACGAAACUACGUCGCUCGGCGUCAAGGAUGAUCCCAACUCCAGCCACAACGACAGCAAAUCAGACGGCUUCCGCGACUCGCCGCAAUUCUCCAAUUUCGGGCACCAUUCGGCCAAGUCUCCUCAGGAAAGUAGGGCCGUCGAGGACUUGCAGGUCUGGAAAAUCUGCACGUCUUCGAAUUCAUCUUCUGUUGUUCAGACUCGCGUCGCGCACAACGUCGCAGUUCUUGGCUCGAAGCCACUGAACACGGCGGAAAUCGCGCGCCAGUGCAAAAGACUUAUGGUCGCUUACAAUAUCGGACAGAGACUGUUCGCCAAAUACGUUAUGAACCAGGUAGUCAAGGUGAACGGUGCUUUUGCUUUUUGUUUACCUUUUUCGUUCCUUUUGGUUGCUUUUUAUUCCCUAGUUUUUUUUUUGCCCAGGAAACAGCUUUUUUUCGAAAAAAACUCACAAUUUGAAAAAUUUCGACUUAUCAUACUUUUCAUCGAUGAAAAAGCGUUGAAAAAAACUUUGACAAAGUUAGAAAUUUAUAAUUUUGAAAAUUUUCCAAGUUUGCAUAAAAAAUUUGAACCUUCUUUCAAAUUUUUAGAUUUAACUUUUACAGUUAAUGUAAUGGUUAUGUUUCAAGGUUUUUUUCUGAUUAAUCUAACAUUGGACCCUCAGAACCCAAAAAAAUCUAGCAAAUUUAAUCCCUGUUGUGAAGCUUGUGUUGGCUGCCGGCUUUGCUAAGAUCGACUGGAAAAUCUCAAUUGAAACUGGAAUAUGUUUCAGUCGCAAGGAUCUCUAAGCGAGUUGCUUUCGAAGCCGCGACACUGGAGUAAACUGACAGACAAAGGCCGCGAGGCUUUUCGACGAAUCUACGGCUGGAUCAGCGACGACAAGACCAUCGAAAUGCUGUGUGGCCUGAGUCCUCGGCGAGUCUGGCCUAGUGGUGAGAGAAAAGUUCUUCUUGAAGGAGUGUGAAGGCCUUUUGCAGACGUGAAAGUCGAACAUCCAUCGCCAGAAUCUCUCUGGGAGAACUACGAAGGUUCUUUGGCGAGUCCAGAACCGCAGAGAGAAGAAACAGUACGGCGCCCUACAAGUGCUCGCGAAGAUCAGGUUUUCACUUUAAUUUAUCAAAAAGUAUACAGAUUCUCCACGUGGGAAUCACACACUUAGGAAGACGUCUUUCCAUCAUAUACAAUACAAAAAACGUGUAGGCAGUAGGAUAGUCGUUUUUCGAAAAGUUUUCAAUACAAUUAGGGAUGUGAACCAUUUUUUGAAAGUUUAUCCAAUAAAUAAAAUUUCACGGCUCCUUUGACCACCAAAAGCUUUUGCGCUCCUCUCGCCAUACGCUUUUUUACACAUCUUGCCGUGAUUCAUUCCGCGCGCGACGCUCUCAGCCUCAACCUUUCACAUUUUUAUCUCAAGUCUCUUUUGCUACGUUUUACUGUUGCUUUUCGUACUCAAUGUUGUACUCGUUCACUCCUAUUAUGAAAUGAUAUUAACCAAGAUUAAGAAAAAAAACAAAAAAAAACAACUUGGAGAGUUUCAUUAAGAAUAACUGCCGUGAUAAACGCGAGGUCGGUGGCGGUACAUCGACGAACUCGCAAACAAGUCGCUAUUUUCUAGGCGCGAUCUCGCAUUUAUCUUGCAUUUCGGAAAUUUUCAAUUUGCGAGAAAAAUGCGAGACCAACGCGAGAAAAAAGGCGAGAUAUUUGCGAGCUCGUCAAUGUACCGCCAGCGUCUCGCGUUUAUCUCGGCAGUUGUUCUUAGUGUUUAGAAUGCAUCUCAUCAAUGGCUUAGGUUCACGAAGAGUUUAAUCUAAUCAACAAUUAUGAUCUUACCGUUAUAGUCUUUUUAUGUUCAGUAUCGACUCGCUGGAACCAGCCAAUCUCCAAGUUCUGGAACGACGACGAGGAACAGCCGCUGGCGACACGACGACAUUCCCAAGGAGAAGAUCAUGAGCAUUUUCCAGACGGAACUCGCCAAGCUCAAGGAGCAGGUUCAUCUUUUUUUUUCGGUGAUUAGGGUUUUUCAUUUUGCGAUUCACAGGAGUCAAACUUGGAGAGGGCGAUCGCCAGCCGCUCUUUCAGCGGCCCCCGGAGAUCCGACGAGCUGGCCCUUCAUCCGGAUCGAGCUUCUUCCAUCGAAAAGGUGAUGACGUCACGGAUGCGCAACGGACUCGCGCCCAUAACUCAGGAGCAAUUCGAGGCCUUUGGCCACGUCGACACUGAUCUUGUGGUUCGGCAGGUUAGUGGCAAACAAUCACCCAAAAUCCUUAUUUCUUGAACUUCCAGAUAAAAGAGUUCCUCUCGAUCAACUCAAUUUCGCAACGCCAAUUUGGAGAACACGUCCUUGGGUUGAGCCAAGUGAGUGAAAACAUUUUUUUUGCCUAUUUGAUGGAUUUAUUAAAGCGAUGAGUCACUAACAAGGGUAGAAGUUUUCGAAAAUAGAGUUGAACCAAAAAAAAAUGCUCUUAUCUAUAUUUUCAAAGUAUUUUGUAAUUUUUUUUUCAAAACAAGAGGAUGAAAAAAAAAGUUGAAAACGUCAAAGUGAAAAAAAGAGGAAAGCGUUGAUUACUGUUUCUUUUCAGGGAUCUGUGUCGGAUCUUCUGGCAAGACCGAAACAAUGGUCGAUGUUGACGCAAAAAGGUCGCGAGCCGUUCAUUCGCAUGAAACUUUUCAUGCAAGACGUCGCCGCCGUCGACACGAGCAGCGAGAAGAACGAUGAAGAGCCCAGCAAUACAACUUUGGGUUCGUUUUCUUUUUUUCGUUGGAAAAUGAUCGAUAUCACGUUUCUUCUGGUAUUCAUUGGCCUCGUUCUGGUGUGGUUUACCAUAAUCUUGGCCAAUUACGACUGUUUCCUCUUGUUGCAGGAUAAUUAAUUCUAUUAUCAAAGCGGAAUUUUCAGUGGAUUCUCUACCUUCUUUUGGGCGACCCAUGGAACUGAAAAAUGUGAAAACGGAAAUUGAAGACGAGUUUGAAAUUUCGGUAGCGCCGUUGUCGGAGUUCGACCUGGUAAUCAGCCGUCUGACAAUUUGUUUCUAUUGAACCUUUCAGCUCGUGCAAAUGGUCGAGUCCAACGAGAACGCCAUUGAAGACGUGGACACGACUGAGUUGAUCCGACAAGUCGCCGACCGACUUCAGAAGCACGACGUGCCUCAGAAGGUCUUUCGAGUUCAUUUAUUCUCACGAAAAAGUGUGAUUACCCAGUAAAAGUAGAGAGAAAUCGUUUCUGUUUUGGAAGCCGAGGUCUACUUCCAAUGAAUAAAUAUCACAUCAUUUUAAUAAGUUUCUUAAAUGUUUUCAUAGAAAUUUUCAUUGACAAACGACGAUUUGUUGUUUAAAAUCAUAGACAUUUGAUUUCCUCUUUUUUUUCGAUGGUACCACUAAAAGGUUUCUGUGAGUCAUUCUCACAAGCAGCGCUUUCAGCCGUCGGUUGCCAUUUUGCCACUUGUUUUUUCUUUUUACUUUUCCACCACUUCAAUCAAUCAAUCAAUCAAUAUUUCUUGGUUGUUUUAGUCAGAUGAAAUCGACUAGGCGGUGAAAAAAUUGCUCUUUUGAGCGGUACUAACACCGCCUUUGGCGGAAAAUAAGUCAAAACGUGUAGUUGAUUGAAUUGAAAGCAUGGUCUCACGAUCCUUCGCCUCGUUCUUCCACAAUUAGAUCCCUCAGUUUCGCGGGUACGGGCACGGCGUUGAUGGUGGGGCUCGGGCACGUGUACACUCUAGGGUAGCCUCGGCCGAUUGAGAGAGCUACCCCUUCGAGUGAAGAAAAUACACGGAAUUGCUUUCCAUAUUCAAUAAAAUAAUAAAAUUCAGUAUAAACUCGAUUACAGACUUUGUAACUUUUUUGGAGAAAUCGAACAAGAGAAACUUUCAAAUUAAAAAAAAAAAGAACAAACAGUAGAAUAAAAAAAAUCGAACUAAAAACCAAAAAUUUUGUAUUCUGAUUUUCUGGCAUCUCCCUCUUUUCUUCAGAAACUGUGAUUUUUUGCAGGUUUUCGGCGAGAUCGUCCUUGGUCUGACGCCUGCAGCCUCAGCCGAACUCUUCCUGCAGCCGCGAUCGUGGUCGACGCUGUCCGACAGGGCGCGAGAACCAUACGAAAAGAUGCAAGAGUGGCUGGCUGAUAAGCAGGCCGUCUAUCAAUUGGCGCAGAAACAGAAGGUCCGUGCACCGUUCCGAGAAUCUGGAAAAAAACAUUUUUGAAGGGGACUUCGACGCCAGCGAAGAGCAACAGUCCGCCAACGGCUAUUGGUAACGGAAAUGGACAUAAAAGAAAAAGUUCCGAUCCUUCCUUUGCUAUGGCGCCUCCUAAGAAAGUAUGUUCGGAAAGAAACUCUGAGUGGAACAGAUAAUUUUACGAGUUGCUUUUGAGUGUUGAACGAAGAAAAAAGACGGUUUCGACCAAGUUUCCUAAAGUUAUCUUCAAAAAUAUCAGAAAGUUACAUUUUUUUGAAGUUAUUGUGAUCAGUCUACCGUAUAGUAAGCCUAAUAUCUUUGAAAUGAUGGUUUGUUGCAACAGUUUAACUCAGAAUCUUUUCCAGAGGACGGUGAUCACUGACCAACAAAAAGAAGCCCUUCGCUUUGUCUUUCAACAUGAGCAUCACCCCAGCCAGAAGACUAUUGAACUGGUUUGAAUUGAAAAAAGGGAAAAAAUUCAAGUAUUUUUCAGCUUUCUCAAAAGUUGGGGUUAAAUUUGCGUACGGUGAACAACUGGUUCCACAACCAUCGGACGCGACAAAAAGCGAGUCUGAAAGAGGGGAAAAUCUACGGCGAUACACUCUGCGAAACGCCGAAAAGCAGCAACUGGCAGCAUGUACGUCUCGAUGGCUUCGAGAACAGAUAACGUAGUAAUCAUUGAAUACGAAAACUCACUGAUACUUCUUGACAUUGCUCGUGAACGUAGUCGACCCAGCUUUUUCCCACUUUCCUAUUCUUUUUUAGUCUCUCCUUGAAGUCCUGUUCGUUUUCAGAAACUUUGAUUUGUUUUUUAAAACAAGAAUGAGGAAUUUUCUGGAUUUUCAUUUUCAUUUAUAUUCAUUUUUUUUUUUAAAUCAACGAAAACUGUAACAUAAGAUGUAACGACGGAAAUUAUCUUUCCGUGGCGAUUUCUGUGUUUUCAGGACCUGGCUUUGCUGCUGGAAACGGUCUCGGCAGCCGAGGACUCUUACCCGACUCUUGUGACGCUCCCCCUAGUCUCCUCGUUCUCCUCCAACACUCCAGAACGUCCUUCCAAGAACGGCGGCACCCUCAGCCAACUCGACAAGGCUGUCGCCAAACUGCGCCAGCUCGCAGAGCAAAAAUGCUCCGAGACAGAUUGA